AUUGCUAGAAGCGAGGGUGCGUGGUGUUAAAUGGGGUUUGUAUUUGGUGGCGGCUCAUAAUCCAGCACGAUUUGCACACAGCUGAUAUCAUAUUGGUUUCUUAACUCUGAAGGAGGUUUGGCUGCUUUUAGAAGUUGACUGUAAAUAACUCAGUUAUGAGUCAACAAUACUUCCCUGGCAAUGAAGGAGCACUAUGGAUGGGAAAUAUUGCAGACUACAUGGAUGAAACCUUUGUCACAAAUGCAUUCCUGGCUAUGGAUGAGGAAGUUUCGCUGGUUAAAAUAAUCAAGAACAAGUUCACUGGCUUACCUGCUGGCUACUGCUUUGUUCACUUCAAAGAUGAACAGACAGCAAUGCGGGUUAUGCACAAACUAAACUCCAAAAUGAUACCCAACAGUCAACCUCCGACACGUUUCUUGCUGAACCACUCGAACGCCAAGAAGACCCAGGAUUCUGAGUUCUCGCUGUGGGUGGGAGACCUGGAUCAAGCUGUUGACGACGAGAUGCUGUACAAGGCGUUCGCCACCCGCUACAACUCGGUCAGGCUUGCCAAAGUGGUUUUCGACAAGGUCACCGGUCUGAGUCGAUGCUACGCCUUCGUGCGGUUCGGUGUGGAGGAGGACCACAAGGACGCGCUGACACACAUGAACGGCUUCACGGGGCUGGGCAGCAAGCCCAUCAGGGUCAGCCUGGCGGUGCCGAGGCGGCCCGCCGCUGCCACAAGCACCAACACCGCGUACGCCGCGAGCGCCGCGACCCCCGACGCCUCUGCCAGAGACUACAGUGCCUACUACGAGCAGUAUUGGAACAACUACCACGCGUGGCAGAACUACGGCAGCUACGACCCCAAUGUGGCAUACCACGCCUACAGCUACAACACGGAAGCGAUCGCCGCGCCGGCCGUUGCCAUGGCGACGGCCGGUGUCGUCGCGCAUGCCGGUCCCCCGGCUCAGGCGGCGUCGGCCGCACCGGCCGGUGCGGCCGACGCCGCCGACACCGCCGACUCGGAGGCGGAAGACGAGGUCGUAGAGCAUGACGUUCCCGUGGACGUGGACUCGGAGAACAAGAAGUUCGUGACGAGGAACGAGGAGUUCUGGGACGCUCUGGAAGCCUCGCGGUGGCUCCAGCCGGACACCCUCAAUCCGGAACUGAGCCUGGUCAUCAAGACGUGACGCCCUCUUAAAACUGGCUGUGACCCUGAGCGCGGGCCGGGAUGAAUAUUGUCGCUGAUGCUGUGUUGCGAAGAUUGCUGUUUCAUACGCAUUUAUGAGUGGAUGGUUGCGUAAUGUGUGUUUUAUCGCUCCCCCGGCCUGGCAGGGUUUGAGAAGCUCUGAAGCAAAUGAUUGCGAUUGUGAAACUCCCCACAUCUUCAAUGUGUGAUUUGGAGGAUGACACGUUGUGAUGGUUCAUGUUGGUUCAUGUUGAGCAUCGAAUGCUUCCUUUCCUGGUCUUGAGCUGCAGCGUCAGGGAUUCUCGAGGAUCCCUCCUGAUGUAAUGACUGUAUGUAGGUGCGCUGUAGCUAACUCUCCCACGUGCGCUGUAAUGUGUUGAUCCGUCCAGUAUCUGGGAUAUUGCGUUAGCGGUCCAGAUGUGAGCGCAGCACGAACAAAGCUCUGUGAACUGCGAGAUGCCAAGUUGAGAGCCAUACACUUUGAACUACACUGUG